AUGAUUAAACAUCUCAUCGUUUUGCUUUCACUUAUUCAACUAAUGCAUUGUUUAUCCACACGAAGCAACAUUUGGUGGAGUCGACGUAAUGAAAAUUCUCAACCAGAUUGUAAGAUUGAAUUUGAAAAUGAAAAUCCAUCACUUGAAGAAAAAGUUUGCGGUUAUUGUUAUGCUAAAUGUCAACAACAAUUUGCUGCUUGUCUUCUAGCACAAAUGAAUCAAGUAAUAACUGGUCCACUUGACUAUUGUCAAAAUUUGUCAAAAAAAUGUGAAACAACCUGUUUAAAUGACAAACGAACAAGUCGAAUCGCUGAAGAAAAUUGGGGAAAAGUCGUCGAAAUCUUACGACAAUUCUAUUCCUAUUCACCAAUAGAUGAUGAGAAAAAACAUUAA